AUGACUGUGUCGGAGCCAAUUGGAAUCUCUUCGCUUCCUAACCAAAGGUAUAAGAUUGUAUCUAAGCAAGGUGGGCAUUUCACGUUGAUGGUUGCCGGUGAAAGCGGUGUUGGUAAGACUACGUUCAUCAACACGCUGUUCCAGACGCUCUUGAAGCAGCCUGUGGACAACAAGAACCGUCACAAGAAGGCGCUGAACAAGACCACGGAGAUCGACAUUGUCCGUGCGGAGCUGGAGGAGAAGAACUUCAAGCUCAGGGUGAACUUGAUCGACACGCCUGGGUUCGGAGACAACAUCAACAACAGGGCCACAUGGCAGCCGAUCGUGGACUUCAUAGAUGACCAGCACGAGUCGUUCAUGAGACAGGAGCAGCAGCCAAACCGUGACUCCAAGCACGACUUGAGGGUACACGCCUGCCUGUACUUUAUCAGACCUACGGGACACUCUUUGAAGCCGUUGGACAUCGAGACGAUGAAGAAACUGGGAACCAGGGUGAAUCUGAUCCCAAUCAUUGCAAAGGCUGAUACGCUGUCGCCAAGUGAACUGAGUGGGUUCAAGAACAGAAUCCGUUCUGUCAUUGAGGCCCAGGAGAUUAGAAUCUAUACGCCUCCUAUCGAGCUGGAUGACCAGGCUGCUGCUGACCAUUCAAAGGCGUUGAUUGAGAGCAUGCCUUUUGCCAUCAUCUGUUCAGAGUACGAGUACGAUAACGGCAACGGCGAACUGAUCCGUGCCAGAAAGUAUCCAUGGGGGCUCGCCGAGGUGGAGAAUGAACAGUACUCCGACUUUAGAAAGCUGAGAUCGUUGCUGCUGAGAACAAACCUGUUAGAUCUCAUCCAAUCGACAGAGACUCUGCACUACGAGGCCUUUAGAACCCUCAAGAUGUCGUCCAGCGAAUCCAGUUCAGGCAACGACUCUAUCGGGUACAGAAAGUACCAAAACCCAAAGUUCAAAGAAGAAGAGAAUGCGCUCAAGAAGUUCUUCACAGACCAGGUCAAGGCUGAAGAGCAGAGAUUCAGACAGUGGGAGCAGAACAUCGUCAACGAGAGAAACAGAUUGAACGAAGACUUGGAUGAAAUUCAGCAGAAAGUCAAGCAGUUGGAUGAGGAAGUUAGACAACUACAAUUGAGGAAGAAGUGA